AGCGGUAAGAGUGAGGGGACGGAGCAGCAUUUGUUUUACCCUUUUUAUUAGCACCAAGGAGUAAGGAGAACGCAUACGCAUGUAAUCACUCGGUCCAAUCGCUGAUUGCCGAUGAGAAGAAGCAGGCAAUCUGUCUCUGUCGCCAAACAACCUCUAAAAUCCAAAUCUCUUAGAAAAUUACGAGAAACAGGAAGAAGAGGGAGGAGUGUAACUUUGGAGAAUAUACCAGAGAGGAGGAUUUGGAGGAACGAUGGAUGUGCCGAGCUCAUGGGACGCCCUUCGCAAACAGGCUCGGAAGCUUGAAGCUCGGUUGGAUGAACAAAUGAAUUCAUAUCGUAAGGUGGUUUCUACAAAGAGCAUGGCAAAAACUGAUACUUCAGAGAAUGAUUUUGAAUCUGGGAUAGACCUACUGUUAAAACAGCUCCAGCAGGUAAAUUUGCAGAUGCAAGCUUGGGUAUCAUCAGGGGGAUCAGAAAUGGUUUCUCACACCUUGACUAGGCAUCAAGAGAUUCUGCAAGAUCUUACUCAGGAGUUUUGUCGUCUCCGCUCAAGCCUCAAAGCUAAGCAAGAACAUGCUUCACUCCUUGAGGAUUUUAGAGAGUUCAAUUGCUCAAGAUUAGACUUGGAAGACAGUGUUGGUUCUGCUGAGCAAGCCCUCCUAAAAGAGCAUGCAUCUAUUAGCCGAAGCACAGGACAGAUGGAUACUGUGAUUUCUCAAGCUCAAGCAACACUGGGUGCACUUGUCCUCCAACAUUCGAGUUUUGGUGGCAUCAACUCAAAGCUCAGCAAUGUUAGCAGCCGUCUCCCAACGGUGAACAGUAUUCUCUCCGCAAUAAAGAGAAAAAAGUCUAUGGAAACCAUUAUACUUUCGCUUGUUGCAUCUGUAUGCACAUUUCUCAUUUUUAUCUACUGGUUGAGCAAAUGAGGAUGAGCGUUAAAGUGUUUCAUGUUUGUGGUGAAACUAUUGUAUUCUUUGAUGCUCUAUGUCCAGAUGAGGGGAGCUGUCUUAUGUUGUUGAGGUGACAUUUUUUUAGGGUAGUGCAUUAUAUACCUUGAUUCAUAUCUGUAAAAGAAUGCAAAUGUCCAGUAAAGUUCAAUACUUUCUAGAUUAGAGAUGUUGAGCAGGAUUACCACUGCUUUCAUAAUGUUGUCAUUA